AUAGGAAACAAACAAGAAAUAGAAACCCACAUUAUCUGCAAACUUUCUUAGUUGUUAACUGAUUACAUCAACUGACAUUCUUCAGAUUUCCUUAGCAUACAUUGUUGUUGUUUUUUAUUUCGUUGUUUGAAAUAUUUUCUGCAAUCUCAAAUCUGAACCCCUCUCCGGCUUUCAUUUAUCAAUGGAUCCUGUCUGAUCUCCAGUCGAGGUCGUUUUCUUUCUCCAGUCGAAGGAUAUGGGUCUCUGGUGGUUUUACAGUUUGGUGGUGUUCCAGAGACCAUUGUUGGUGAGAGAAGUGAUGUUUCAAUGAACGUACUAUAACGUGCUAGUUGCAGUUGGAGUAUUUUACAUCACCAUGGAAAAGAGAAAAUGGUUGUGGAAGAGAAGGUCUUCUGAGAGGAGCCCAGGUGAAACAGAAAGUUCUGGGUCAAUGUCUUCACAUUCCGAGAGGUACUCUGAUGAUCAGGAAGCCUUUAAAGCCUCUCCUAAUAACAGCCAGUCACCUGAAGUUACUUCAAACCUUGUAGCAGCUGGUGAAGAUGUAAAUGAUAAUGUCAGACAUUUAACAGAGAAGCUUUCAGCUGCUCUAGUGAAUGUUAGUGCCAAAGAUGAUUUGGUAAAGCAGCAUUCUAAAGUUGCAGAAGAAGCUGUUGCAGGAUGGGAAAAGGCAGAAAAUGAAUUGGUGCUUGUAAAGAAACAACUUGAGGAUGCGACGAAGAAAAACUCAGCACUGGAAGAUCAUGUGAGCCAUCUUGAUGGGGCCUUAAAGGAGUGUGUUAGGCAGCUACGACAAGCAAGAGAGGAGCAGGAGCAUAAGAUCUAUGAAGCAGUGACAAGGAAAACCCUUGAAUGGGAAUCCACUAAAUCUGAACUUGAAAACCAGCUUCUGGAGCUCCAGAGUACAAUUGAAACUCUGAAUUCCUAUUCUCCUGCUCAUGUUGAUCCUGAAAUUUCCGAGAAGCUUGAAUAUUUGGAGAGUGAGAACGCAGCCCUCAAGCUUGAGCUCUGCUCUCAGUCUGAAGAGUUAGAAAUCCGAACUAUUGAAAGGGAUUUGAGCACUCAAGCAGCUGAAACAGCCAGCAAACAAAAUUUAGAGAGCAUAAAGAAAGUGGCCAAGCUUGAAGCUGAGUGCCGGAGGUUAAAAGCCACGGCUUGUAGGUCUUCCCCAGUUAAUGACCAUAAGUCCACUGCUGCCUCCUCAAUGUGUGUCGAAUCUCUGACUGAUAGCCAGUCAGACGGUGGAGAUCAUAUCACGAUAGAGAGUGACACCCACAAAAUGAGUAGCUCAGAGCUGCGCAAGUCAGAACCAAAUUUCUCCGACUCUUGGGCAUCUGCCUUAAUUGCUGAACUUGAUCAAUUUAAGAAUGAAAAGGCUAUAAACAGAAAUGCUUCCAUUGAAAUUGAUCUUAUGGACGAUUUUCUUGAAAUGGAGCGACUAGCUGCAUUGCCUGAGAUUGAAAUAAGUCAUUCUGAAGAAGCUGUUGCCAAGCAAUUAUCUGAUUCAGAAAAAUCAUUAAGAGCUGAGCUUGAAGCUAUGGUAUGUCAAACAACUGACCUAGAGCAAAAGUUAGUGAAGGCGCAAGCUGAGAAAGCUGAAAUGGAAGAGAGAUUAGAGAAUAUGGAAGUAGAAAAAGCUGAAUUGAAAGGGAAACUAAAGGAGAUGGAAGUAGAGAAAUCUGAAUUGGAAGGGAAACUACAGGAGAUGGAAGCAGAGAAAGCAGAAUUGGAGUUUGCUCUAUCAGAUAAAACUGAGCACAUCGAGGCAUCACUACUGAGGCUGAAGGAAGCUGGUGUGAAGUUAGAGGAGCUGCAGAGAGAAGUAUGUGAGGCAAAUCAAUCAAAGCAACUAAUGGAGUCUCAACUGAUUAACAUGGAAGUGGAGACUCGAACCAUGUCAGCAAAGAUUGAUGCACUAGAAGCAGAUGUCGAAAAUGAGAAGGCUUCAUCAAUGGAAAUUGCAUUGAAUUAUAGGCAACUGGAGAAUGAGCUAUCAAGAAAGAAACUCGAGGUUGAGCUACAGCAGACCGCCAGUGCAAAUAGCCAAAUGAAGAUAAAGCAGGAGGACCUAGAGGUAGCUGCUGGCAAACUAGCCGAGUGCCAGAAAACGAUAGCAUCACUGGGGAAUCAACUCAAGUCUUUAGCAACAUUGGAAGACUUCUUACUCGACACCACUAGUCUGCCCAAAUUAUCUACUGGAUUCUCCCCAAUCCCCAGGCCAUGCGAACCAUGGAAGUUACACUCCAACGAAACAUAUUCACCUAAAGCAGCUUCCUAUUCCUCCAGGAUCACCAUUGAUAGUUCUGGACCUUCAGUAAAUAAAACCGAGGGGAACUCACCCCAGUCUUCAUCUUCAUUUACUUCAUCAACUGUGUCAAUGAAUCAUGUUAGUUCUGAGAAGAAUCGCAAUGGUUUUGCUAAAUUUUUCUCGCGGAGUAAGAAUGGGAUGCAACUUGAUUUGGAGAAAUAAGGAAGAGUGGAAGAGCAUUACAUUACACGGAUUUUCUUAGUUGUAAAAAUAGGGAAUUUGAACAUCUAGGAGGUUUUGAUUAAAUUCUAUUUAAUCAGGCUCUAGGAGUUUUUUUUUUUUUUCAAUGCUUCAUUUUCAUUUUCAUUUUCAUUUAUACAUGAUUGAUGAUCUAUGUUGAUACUAGUUAUGUUUAUUUAUUAAAGUUAUUGAGUGUUCCAAUUUGUUAAUGAUCAAAUAGGGUUCAUCAUCCAUGCCACCUUCAUAUGUAUUGUAAUAUUGUUAAUACCAGAUGAAUUGGUCUGUGAC